AUUCGACAACACAAGUCUCUAAACCCUUCUUCUCCCCAGGUCACCCCCGCCCGCCGCCGCCGCCGCUCGCCGGGGGACUACCGCCAUGUCGCCGGCUGCUGCCUCACCGGCCGAUCGCAUCGGAAGCUAUGAGGAUUUCGCCAGGGUUCACGCGUACCUGCUGGCCGCCUCCGGCAUCCCGCCGUCGCUGCACCAGCGGCUUUACCGCAAGCUCGCCGACGAGGUGUUCGACGGCGGGGAGGCCUUCUCCGUAGAGCCAUGCGAGGGAGGGAGGCAGCGGAGGCUCGUCCUCGCCGCCGAGGGGGCUCUCGGGAGGGAGUCCGACGUCUUCCUCGUCGACCACGCCUGGUCCUUCCGCCUCUCCGAUGCGCUUAAGCAGUUGAGGGAAGUACCAGGACUGGCUGAAAGGAUGGCAGCAUUGAUGUGUGUGGAUCUGGACAGGAGAACUGAACUUGAAGAAGCAGACGAACAAGACAAUGGGAACGGAGGGAGUUUGGAAAAUGCCUUGGAGGUAGUUGAGAAAGAAAGGACUAGAAUCCAGGAGAAGGGAAGUGAUUUUGCAGCAUGGCUGGAACUUGAAGAGCUUGGAAUUGAUGAUGACAUGCUAAUGGCUUUGGAUCUACCUUCAAAAUUUCCGAAUAUGGUAGCCCUCAACCUAUGGGGAAACAAGCUUCAAGAUCCAGAGAAAAUUAUGAAAGGAAUUGAGGAAUUUAGAAGGCUAAAAGCACUUUGGUUGAAUGAGAACCCAGCUCUGAAGGAAGGUGUUGACAAAGUUAUUCUUGAUGGUCUCCCUGAAUUGGAAAUAUACAAUUCACAUUUUACGAGGAAGGCUGGAGAGUGGGCUUUAGGUUUCUGUGGGAAUAUUAUUGGAGCUGAUAAUCCCUGUUCCUCAGCAGAAAACAUACCAUUGGAGAAUAUUGUGACUCUUGAUCUUUCAGAUAGGUGUAUCCACAAACUACCAGAGGUGUUCUCUCCUAGUAAACUUCCCUCCUUGUCGAACUUGAACAUCCGUGGUAAUCCUUUGGAUCAAAUGGCCAGUGACGAUGUCUUGAAGUUAGUUAGUGGAUUUACCCAGUUACAAGAGUUGGAGGUUGACAUUCCUGGCCCUCUCGGAAACAGUGCUGUUUCCAUUCUUGAGUGUCUUCCUAAUCUAUCUUUGCUAAAUGGUAUUAAUGCGUCAAGUAUAAUAGAGAGUGGUAGGCAUAUAGUUGAUUCUGCACUUAAACCACGUCUACCUGAAUGGUCACCGGAAGAAUCCCUUUCUGAAAGAGUUAUUGGUGCAAUGUGGUUAUAUCUUAUGACAUACCGGCUUGCUGAUGAAGAAAAGAUAGAUGAAACACCUGUUUGGUAUGUCAUGGAUGAGCUGGGCUCAGCUAUGCGCCACAGUGACAAUGCAAACUUCAGAAUAGCGCCUUUCUUGUUCAUGCCUGAUGGUAAACUAGCUUCUGCCAUAAGUUACACAAUUUUGUGGCCUAUUCAUAAUGUCCAUACUGGAGAAGAGUGCACUCGUGAUUUCUUGUUUGGUAUAGGCGAGGAUAAACAACGUUCAGCUAGGCUUACAGCCUGGUUCCACACACCAGAGAAUUAUUUCAUUCAGGAAUUUAGGCAGUACAAGGAACAACUUCAAGCAAGCAGUAUCUGUCCUUCAAGAAAAGCAACUCCGGUGACCAAAAGUAUCCGUCCAAGCGAUGGCCGUGCACUUCUAGUAUUUACUGACAUACCCCAAGUAGAGGAGUUUCUAACACGCCCAGAGUUUGUUCUCGCAUCUGAUCCAAAGGAAGCUGACAUCAUCUGGGUAAGCAUGCAAGUUGAUUCGGAAUUAAAGAAUGCACUAGGACUUACAGACCAACAAUAUACAAAUCAAUUUCCUUUUGAAGCUUGUCUGGUCAUGAAGCAUCACUUGGCAGAGACAAUCCACAAGGCAUGGGGUUCACCUGAAUGGCUUCAACCUACAUAUAACCUAGAGACACAUUUAUCCCAGCUCAUUGGCGAUUCUUGUGUGAGAAAGAGAGAUGGUAUGGAUAACUUAUGGAUUAUGAAGCCUUGGAAUAUGGCAAGAACAAUUGAUACUACUGUUACUGGUGAUUUAUCUGCUAUCAUUAGACUCAUGGAGACAGGUCCCAAAAUAUGCCAAAAAUAUAUCGAAUCCCCUGCACUUUUCCAAGGAAGGAAGUUUGAUCUGCGAUACAUUGUUUUGGUCCGCAGUAUGUGCCCUUUGGAGAUAUUUCUUUCUGAUGUGUUUUGGGUGAGAUUAGCAAACAAUCAGUACACUCUGGAGAAAACAAGCUUUUUUGAAUAUGAAACCCAUUUUACCGUGAUGAAUUAUAUAGGAAGGAUGAACCAUAUUAACACACCAGAGUUUGUCAAGGAGUUUGAGAAGGAGCACCCAGUUAAAUGGCUGGAGAUCCAUGAACGGAUACGGGAUAUGAUACGGCGUGUCUUUGAGUCAGCCACUGCUGUUCAUCCUGAGAUGCAGAACCCAUUCUCUAGGGCUAUCUAUGGGGUUGAUGUCAUGCUUGACAAUAAAUUCAGCCCGAAGAUUUUGGAGGUGACAUAUUGUCCGGACUGCACGAGGGCGUGCAAAUACGACACUCAAGCUCUCGUAGGAGAUCAGGAUGUCAUCAGGGGCAGUGAUUUUUUCAACACAGUGUUUGGCUGCCUCUUUCUCGACGAGUUUAAAGAUGUAUCACCGUUGUAAUCGUCACAAUAAAUGUUACUGUAACACAGAAAUUCAACACAAUACACACAUCUACGACCUUGUAGUUUGAUA